GGACAACCACGGUAGCCACUAAUGUUUUGGAAGUCUCUUGGAUAGCUGUGACCAGCAGUUUCAAAAUAGGCUUCUCAUGCCCGGUAUUGGUGGUUUUGUUAGAAAAUAUGGCUCUUGUGGGAGCAUUGUCAGCUCAGCUGGGAAAUUGUCCAUUACAUUCUAAAUGUAUAUGCUUACACAGACUUAUAUGUCCUAUAGGCAAGAUUUGGUGGAUGAAUAAUAGUAUAAUUCCUUAUGACUUUAUAGGCACCCUUACUAUUAUUUUACCCUAUUCUUUUGUGUUUACAUCCAGCUGUUAUCCAUAAUUAAAUCCUUACCCCUGUCUUUCCAUUUCCCCCUGCAAUCACUUGUUCCCUGUUACCCCAUUUCUGCCAAUCCCUAACACCUCCCAAUGCCGUCUUGUUACUUUUCUGGUUACUGCAGUCACGACAGGUUGUGGACUCACAUCUGAAGAUUUGGAGCUAGGAACUUUAAAGUGGAAAUACGGAGCCAAGUAGAAAUAUAAGGGUAUUUAAUAGGGAAAAGCCUUACUUACAGAGUGACCUAGCCAGCCGGGGUGGCAGCGGUCUGUACCAAGCCCAAGAUGAAAGGGGAAAACGAAAGUGAAACACAGCCCUUCUCUCACUCUAUGUCACCCUGACCACGCCUUGCCCUCGCGUGGUCAGGCAGACCUGUAGCCAGCCCCUAAGCAGGCGUGGCUACAGGUUCCCCUACAGAACUUCCUAUGAGAAAGAAUAUUCAUUGUCUGUCUUUCUGGGUCUGGGUGACCUCACUCUAUUUUGAUCUUCUUUUGUCCAUCCAUUUAGCUGCAGAGCACAAGAUUUCAAUUUAAUUUACAGACAGAUACUAUUCCGUAGUGUAUAUGUACCACAUUUUCCCUACCCAUUUGUCAGCAGAAGGACGUUUAGAUUGUUUCCAUGUUGUAGCUACUGUGAGUAGAGCAUCAAUGAACACAGCUGAGCAAGUAUCCAUGGAGUAGGAUGUCAAAGUCCUCUGAGUGUAUGCCAAGGAAUGGAAUGGCUGGGUCAUAUGCUGGAUUUAUUUAACUUGGGGGAUUAUUUGCUUAAUUGAGUAUACGCCAUGUUGAUUUCCAGAGUGGCUAGAUUUCUGGUUCUGGCAUUUUUAUUCACUAUGCUCUUCUUCUUGGUGUUGUUGCUGGUUGGAUUAUUGGCAGUAUUUUCCUUCCAUCUGUGUGAGAAUUAGUGAUUUGCUGUCUUGUCCGUGGAUGAUUACUUCCAAGUUCUCUGGGAUUUACUAUUAGUCGUAGGAUAUUUAUUAUUUUCCGUAUUCUCAUUGGUAAACCCUCUGAUUCUCCUGCAAAAAUUUUGCCCUCUAAUUAUUGUCUGCAAAGCUGCUUUAGUGAAAUCAAUCAUGGUAACCCGAGACUGUCUUGAAGUGCAUUUAAGUUUCCACCAAUUUUAAGUGUGUUUCUGGAUGUAAUAAUACUAUGGGUAGUGAUUUUUCUCCUUACGCUUUAAAUGUCUUUCCAUGUUCUCCUGGAUUUGGGACACCUUUGGACACCUCUUUAUACUCUUUUCCUUGAGUCCUUUUCAUGUGGUUUAAUAUUGUUCUCUAACAGCGUUCAGCAUUAAUUUUUGCACUUUGUCUUUGACCCCCUCUAUAUCAAAGGGCCUCAAGCCAUCUAUUCCUUGUUCCUGAAGGAGAAACUCAAAGAAGAGAGAGAGAGAGAAAUGGCUGAUUCUCCAGAAAGCAUGUCCCAGGGUGUGUUGACAUUCAGGGAUGUGACUGUGGACUUCCCCCAGGAGGAGUGGGAAUGCCUGGACUCUGCUCAGAGGGCUUUGUACAUUGAUGUGAUGUUGGAGAAUUACAGCAACCUGGUCUCUGUGGAGAACUAUUAUGUAUGUGAUCCUGUCCAUUACCAUGUGAAGACUGAAAAGGAGUCUUGUCAGUGUAAUGAGGUUGGCAAAGUGCUUCAUGACCCCUCCACAUGUGCACUUUAUAGAACAAGUGAAACUACAGAAAACUCCAAUCACUACACAUGCAGUAAUCACAGGGAUGCCUCUGUUGACUCACCAAACCCAGACAGACAUGAAAGCAUGCACACUCAAGUUGAACCUUGCAAUUCUAAAGACUUUGAAAGAUCUGAAAAUUUGUGUUCCAACAUUACUCAAGAUCAAAGACUCUACAUUGCAAAGAAUGAACACAGGCAGGGAGAAUUUGAUGACUAUUUCAGAUCUGCAUACAGUCUUUUGCAACAACCAGUCUACAUUGGAGAGGCACCACACCAGUGUGGGAAAUGUGGGAAAUGCUUCAGGACUGCCUUAAGCCUCACUGUCCAUCAGAGAAUCCAUAUUGGAAAGAAACCCUACAAGUGCAACGAUUGUGACAAAUCCUAUAACCAGUGGGCAAAUCUUAAAACACAUCAAAGGCUUCACACUGGGGAGAAACUUUACAAAUGCAAAGAAUGUGGAAAGUCAUUUCCUCAGUCCUCAGCUCUUAAAAGCCAUCAAAAAACACAUACUGGAGAGAAGCCUUACAAAUGUAAGGAAUGCGACAAGUCCUUUGCCCACUGCUCCAGUUUCAGGAGACAUCAGAAAAUCCAUAGCGAUGAGGAAAAUUGCAGUUGUCAAGAAUGUGGCAAGGUCUUCCAUCAGCUGUCACAUCUUAAGAGCCAUUACAGACUCCACAGUGGAGAGAAGCCUUACAAGUGCAAUGAGUGUGACAGAGCCUUUCCCCACUAUUCAUCACUUAGGUGGCAUCAGAAAACUCACUCUUUAGAGACAUUUUACAAAUGUGAAGAAUGUGGUAAGUCCUUCCUUGAAUUAUCACAUCUUAACAGGCAUUACAGAAUCCACACUGGAGAGAAGCCUUACAAAUGUGAGGUGUGUGACAAAUCCUUUACUGUGAACUCAACUCUUAGAACACAUCAGAAAAUUCAUACUGGAGAGAAAUCUUACAAAUGUACGGAAUGUGACAAGUCCUUUACCCGGGACUCACAUCUUAGAAGACAUCAGAGUGUUCAUACUGGAGAGAGACCUUACAGCUGUAAAGAAUGUGGCAAAUCUUUUACUACAUGCACCUAUCUUAGAGAACAUCAGAAAAUUCAUACUGGAGAGAAACCUUACAAAUGUGGACAGUGUGACAUGUCCUUUAUUCAGCGUUCAAAUCUUAGAACGCAUCAGAGAGUCCACACUCGAGAGAAACCUUACAGGUGUAAGGAAUGUGGCAAAUAUUUAACCACACGCUCAACUCUUAGAGAACAUCAGAAAAUUCAUACUGGAGAGAAACUUUACAAAUGUAUGGAAUGUGACAAAUUCUUUACCCAUAACUCACAUCUCAGAACACAUCAGAAAGUUCACACUGGAGAGAGACCUUACAGCUGUCAGGAAUGUGACAAGUCCUUUACCACAUGCUCAUAUCUUAGAGCACAUCAGAAAAUUCAUACUGGAGAGAAACUCUACAAAUGCAAAGACUGUGACAUGUCCUUUCUACGGAUUUUUAGUCUUAAAAUACAUCAGAAAAUUCAUACUGGAGAAAACCCUUACAAAUGCAAAGACUGUGACCUAACCUUUAAUCAGAUUUCAGAUCUUAGAACACAUCAGAAACUUCAUACUGGAGAGAAACCUUUCAAAUGUCUAGAAUGUGACAAAUCCUUUAACUACAUGUCAAAUCUCAGAACACAUCAGAGUGUUCACACUGGAGAGAGACAUUACAGGUGUAAGGAAUGUGACAAAUCUUUCACUAGCUGCUCCUAUCUUAGAGCACAUCAGAAAAGUCAUACUGGAGAGACACUCCACAAAUGCAAAGACUGUGGCGUAUCUUAUAUCCACCUUUCAAACCUUAGAAGACAUCAGAGAGUUCAUACUGGAGAGGAAAAUACUGUUGUAAAUCAUGCAACAUAGUGUUUAUAUGGUAUUCUUAUCAAUCCCAAGAUUAUUAUAGAAGCAAAGACAAGAAAUUUGUGAAAGUCUUCAAUGAAGUUUUAAAUCUUAUAAAAUAUCACAGUUUAUAUUCAAAUAAAAUUCUGCAAUAGCAACUGAAUUAUUUUUAAUGUUUGUGGGUGCUUUGUCUACAAGACUUUCUGUUACUAUAUGUUUGUCUGAUGCCUGUGGAGGCCAGAAGAGGGCACCAGAUUCCCUGACGAUUUACUUAAAAACAGUGUGAGCUAUUGUGUGUAUGUGUUGAAAAUUGAACACAGUGUUCUGGAAGAGGAACCAGGGCUCCAAACCAUUUCUCCAGCCCUGGGAAUAGCUGUAAUAAAAAAAUGAAAAAUAAAACA